UGAAUCGCAGCUUCAAGUUCCAAUGGGCCCGUCGAUGUGUUCAUGACUCUGGUAUUCAGCGGUCGUGUGCUGUCCUGUCUGAGCGUCACCCCGACACUCCCAACCUGAGAGACUUCUCUGGUCCGGAACAGGUAGGCAGGAGACCACAGUGCAUUUGUCUACUCAGGUGAAGUAACAUCACCAGAAAUGUCAAGAUGCCCAAACUGCUAUUUUCAAGGAUACGGUCGUACGAGUUUAAGGAUUUGAUUCGGACAAGAAAGACGCUUAGAAGUAGAAACAAACAGAAGAAAGAUAUCCAGUGUAUUUUGACCAAUAUAAACCUUGACUCCAAUGUCACAAAAGACAAUUUCCAGGGUGACUAUGUGGCACAGCCAACACUUGAACAAGUGUUAACCAACAAAAGGUCCUUUGGAGCUUUUAGUUCUUUCCUACGUUCUGAAUUCAGUGAGGAAAACAUUGAGUUCUGGAAAGAAUGUAAGGAUUACAGGGAAAGGACGCCCCUUGCUGACCUUCCCUCAAAAGCAGCAGAGAUCUGGCUGGCGUUCCUGCAUCCUCUGGCUCCUAGAGAGGUCAACAUCGACCACAAUGUCCGAGAGAAGAUCAAGAGGUCCAUAGUGAGUCCUGGUCGCUGCUGUUUCGACGAGGCACUGAGUCAGGUGUACUGGCUGAUGGAGAGAGACUCGUUUCCCCGCUUCCUAAAGGCUGAGGACUGCCAAAACGUCAGGCAAAAAAACAAGGAUCUCUGGUAGAGGUCAAACUCCAGAAAGGACAAUUGUUUUUAAUGUAUUGAACCUCUCUGCUUUUUAAGUCAGUCUUGUUUCAAGCAAGUUCAGUUUCUUGCUAGGGAAGUACAAGACCAAAAUAUCAGUUGGAAAGUGCAGCAGGGACGCACAAAAAACACAAAAAAAGACAAAAAAACAUUAAAAAAUCUACAAAUUACUAAGGAAAGCAAAGAAUGAAGUACUAAGUGGCUUCACUUCCAAUUUCCGAAACAGUGUUAAUUUUUCUAAUGGGUGUCUCAUUAAGUGACUCCAGUAGUGCUCACAGCAGUGGUCUGAAUCCCCCCUGGGGAUGGAUGAAACAGAGGAGGAAGCAUGUGAGAAGAGCCGUUCAGCCUGGAGAGGAAGUGACACGUAGGUGGGAGAGGAAGUGACAUGUAAGUGAGAGGAAAUGACUUGAGAACAAACAUAUAUUAAAGAGGAUGUGGUGUUGGAGAUUUUUGAAGUGGAGGAGCCUCAAGUUCAGAGACAAAAGAGGGCAGUUUGGACUGGUGUGUCAAAAAUAGAGUCGGAGUUUGCUGCCAUUUGGAUGGCGUGAAGAAUUUUGAUCAAGGAAUGCAAAACGAAUGAACUGUUCAGUCUUCUAUUAAAAGUACAUUUGUGUGAA